CUGACCCGUUAUAAAAGUUUCGAUGGAUUGUCACCUACUAGAUUUUUCCAUGUCACUGACUGCACAUCCAAAAGGACAAGGCUCUUUAUAACGACCAACCUGAAUCAGCAGUACCUUUCGUGUGAUAAACAAUCCCACCGAGACUACAAUCCUACCGAGACUAUCAUCACCACUAGUCACAUCUCCACGAUUUAAAACAACAGAAUGUCCGAAUUGUAUCGCCUAGAUCAGCCAAAUUGUGAAGUUGUGCGCUGGGCCGAGCGCUUAAAACAGAUCCUCACCCAAAAACACAACCCCAUCACCCAGUCCGAGACCCAAAGCGGCUUCCACCCACUCAAGUACAAUAUCAUUCUUGAAAGGAGGAUUUUCGAAGAUAAGAGCCCUUAUGAGGUCUGUAAAUUUGUGCACCACGAUUACAACGAAAUCAUUAUUCUCGUCGGUUGCAGUAAAAAGCCUAACACCAAGCUCCCCACAUCUGUGUGGCUGGACGCAAGAGCGCACGAAUUGUGUGCUGAGACUGACUCGAGAUUGCCUUCUGAUAAAGGUCUCUAUGUUGCAAAGGUGUGGCUGGGUCACGUACACUUUUUCAGGGCUGUGCGUUCAUAUGGUGGUUGUUAUGCUAUGCAUCCCAUUGUCAAGGGAGACAGAUGGCUACUGGAUGGGGAUACCGAUUUGGUCUAUGAUACCUUGAAUGAGAUCAGAGCGCAGUUUGGCUUCCCUCCACUUCAUGAGCCUUUUGUGCAGCUGAGCUCGUUGGAGAACUAUCAAGUUCUUGCGGAGACCUCCAGGAUCAUGUCUGAGUCUGACCCGAAGGUUGAUUAUCGUGAUUGGUUCACUGAUACUGAUCAUGAGGGAAAUACUGUGGUUGAUAAUCAGGUGAAAAAGGAGCACUGAAGCGAGUCGCCA